UCUUCACAUGCUUCUUCCACCGAAACUAUGGAGUUGCUCGAGCUCUGGUGGUUGUGCUUUCUCUGACUAAAAACCCUGACCUGAACCAACGAGUAUAAAGAAGUUAGAUAGCGAAAGUUAGAGAGAGAGUGUGUGUCUGUGUGUGUGUGAAUGGCGGUGGAGUAUUCAUGCUGCGGAUCGGAGUUCUUCGUGCACAUAGUCGUGAUCGUGUUUCUCGUGCUUUUUGCCGGAUUGAUGUCAGGCCUCACCUUGGGCCUCAUGUCCUUGAGCCUCGUUGAUCUCGAAGUUCUUGCUAAAUCUGGUACUCCUCAGGAUCGUAUACAUGCUGAGAAGAUAUUGCCUGUUGUCAGAAAUCAACAUUUAUUGCUUUGCACCCUACUAAUUUGCAAUGCUGCAUCCAUGGAGGCACUUCCUAUUUUUCUUGAUAGUCUUGUUACUGCAUGGGGUGCUAUCCUGAUUUCAGUGACAUUAAUUCUUCUGUUCGGUGAGAUUAUACCCCAAUCAGUUUGUUCUCGGUAUGGUUUAGCAAUUGGUGCAACAGUGGCUCCCUUUGUCCGCGUGCUUGUAUGGAUAUGUUAUCCAGUUGCUUUUCCAAUUAGCAAGUUGUUGGACUUUUUGCUGGGCCAUCGACAUGAAGCCCUUUUCCGCAGAGCUGAGUUGAAAACACUUGUAAAUUUGCAUGGCAAUGAGGCUGGAAAAGGUGGGGAGCUAACACAUGAUGAAACAACGAUCAUUGCUGGGGCACUUGAACUCAGUGAUAAGACAGCCAGUGAUGCCAUGAGUCCUAUAUCCGAAACAUUUGCCAUUGAUAUUAAUUCAAAGCUUGAUAGGGAACUGAUGAAUGAAAUAUUGGAGAAUGGACAUAGCAGAGUCCCAGUCUAUUAUGAGCAGCCAACAAACAUUAUCGGACUUGUACUGGUCAAGAAUUUAUUGACAAUUCAUCCAGAAGAUGAAACACCCGUGAAGAGUGUAACCAUACGAAGGAUUCCAAGGGUUCCAGAAAGUAUGCCACUUUAUGACAUUUUGAAUGAGUUUCAGAAGGGCCAUAGCCACAUGGCCGUCGUUGUAAGACAGUGUGACAAGACAAAGCAGCUCUCUUCCAAAAAUCAUGCAGAUGACUCGGUGAAAGAUGUGAAGGUGGAUAUUGAUGGUGAAAAGCCUCCCCAAGAGAAAGUUUUGAAACCCAAGAUGCCACUCCAUAAAUGGAAAAGCUUUCCAAAUACAAACAAGUCAAAUAGGGGUGGUUCUCGGAGCAGAAAAUGGUCAAAAAAUAUGUACUCGGAUAUUUUGGAGAUAGAUGGAAGUCCCCUUCCUAAGCUCCCUGAAGAAGAAGAAGCUGUUGGAAUAAUUACCAUGGAAGAUGUCAUUGAAGAGCUUUUGCAGGAGGAGAUCUUUGAUGAGACAGAUCAUCAAUUUGAAGACUCGUGACAAUGGCCUUUCCAUAGAACAGUCUAUGUUCACAUUCUUGUUUGGACUAUAUUAGAUUGUUAAUUAGAUAAUGCAGUUUAGGGUGAGAGAUGACUGGAACGUCAAGCUUGUAAUACUUUUACAUCAAACUCUCUUUUUUGAAAUGGGCAUCAAUGGGUCGCAAGGAUAUGAGGAAUGUUUAGCAAAUCUAGUGUUUUUUGAAUUAAACUAUAGCUACUUGGAUAUGGAUUGCAUAUAUGUAUCAUGAAAGAGUACUUAUAUUUAGUACG